AUGCCCGUGGCCUUAAAAACUGACCACAAACCUUUGGUCUCAGCUCUAGAGAAAGCUUCAGACACGGCCACACCCUUCCAGAGACGUCACCUUUCCUUCGUGAGCCAAUUCUCUAAAGACAUCGCACACCAGCCGGGUAGCACGAACGUUAUCGCGGAUGCACUCUCCAGAAGCGACCCGGUUGAUUUUCUCAUUGACGACGAGGAAGUUGACGACGAUGACGAUGACGUGCUGGCUUCCAUUUUCUCAGUUUCCAAUUGUUCGCCAAAAGACUUCCUAGCAUCACAAGUUGCAGACUCAAGCCUCAUGAAGUGGAUCGACCACCACCUUAAUGACGACUCAUCCCCUUUUUCUCCG